UACUGGAGAGAAGAAGUUUAAAUGCAACAUUUGUUCUAAACAAUUUGCAACAAAAUCUCACUUAGUAAAACACAAUCUCAUCCAUACUGGAGAAAAGGAGUUUAAGUGUGAAAUUUGUUCAAAAGCAUUUGCACAUAAAUCUUCCUUAGCAAGUCACAAUCUCAUCCAUACAGGAGAAAAGAAGUUUAAAUGUGAUAUUUGUUCAAAGACAUUUACAAGGAAAUCUGACUUAACAAGACACAAUCACAUCCAUUCUGGAGAAAAACAAUUUAAAUGUGACAUUUGUUCUAAGACGUUUGCAUGGAGAUCUGCCUUAGUAAGUCACAAUAUCAUCCAUACUGGAGAAAAGAAAUUUAAAUGCAAUAUUUGUUCUAAAGCAUUUGCAAGGAAGUCAGAUAUAGGAAUUCACAAUCUCAUCCAUACUGGUGAAAAGAAAUUUAAAUGUGACAUUUGUUCUAAAACAUUUGUACAUAAAUCUCAUUUAGUAUCUCACAAUCUCAUUCAUACUGGAAUUAAGCAGUUUAAAUGUGACAUUUGUUUUAAAGAAUUUGCACAGAAAGCUACAUUGGUAACACACAAUCUCAUUCAUACUGGAAAAAAGCAGUUUAAAUGUGACAUUUGUUCUAAAACAUUUGCACGUAAGGGCAACUUAGUAAGUCACAACCUCAUCCAUACUGGAGAAAAGCAGUUUAAAUGUGACAUUUGUUCUAAAACAUUUGCAAGGAAGUCAGAUAUAGCAAUACACAAUCACAUUCAUACUGGAGAAAAGCAGUUUAAAUGUGACAUUUGUUCUAAAACAUUUGCAAGAAGAUAUCACUUAGUAAGCCACAAUCUCAUUCAUACUGGAGAAAAGCAGUUUAAAUGUGACAUUUGUUCUAAAACAUUUGCAAGGAAAUUCAACUUAGUGGCACACAAUCUCAUCCAUACUGGAGAAAAGCAGUUUAAAUGUGACAUUUGUUCUAAAACAUUUGCAAGGAAGUCAGAUAUAGCAAUACACAAUCACAUUCAUACUGGAGAAAAGCAGUUUAAAUGUGACAUUUGUUCUAAAACAUUUGCAAGAAGAUAUCACUUAGUAAGCCACAAUCUCAUUCAUACUGGAGAAAAGCAGUUUAAAUGUGACAUUUGUAGUAAAACAUUUGCAUGGAAAUCUGCCUUAGUAAGCCACAAUCUUAUCCAUACUGGGGAAAAGCAGUUUAAAUGUGACAUUUGCUCAAAAACAUUUGCACAUAAGGGCCACUUAGUUACUCACAACCUCAUCCAUACCGGAGAAAAACAGUUUAAAUGUGACAUUUGUUCAAAAACAUUUGCAAGGAAAUCUGCCUUAGUAAGCCACAAUCUUAUCCAUACUGGAGAAAAGCAGUUUAAAUGUGACAUUUGCUCAAAAACAUUUGCACAUAAGGGCCACUUAGUAAGUCACAACCUCAUGCAUACCGGAGAAAAACAGUUUAAAUGUGACAUUUGUUCAAAAACAUUUGCUUGGAAAUCUUACUUAGUAAGCCACAAUCUUAUCCAUACUGGAGAAAAGCAGUUUAAAUGUGACAUUUGCUCAAAAACAUUUGCACGUAAGGGCAACUUAGUAAGUCACAACCUCAUCCAUACCGGGGAAAAACAGUUUAAAUGUGACAUUUGUUCAAAAACAUUUGCUUGGAAAUCUAUCUUAAUAAAACACAAUAUCGUCCAUACGAGGGAAAGGAAGUUUAAAUGUGACAUUUGUUCAAAAGCAUUUGCACAUAAAUCUUCCUUAGCAAGUCACAAUCUCAUCCAUACAGGAGAAAAGAAGUUUAAAUGUGACAUUUGUUCAAAAGCAUUUGCACAUAAAUCUUCCUUAGCAAGUCACAAUCUCAUCCAUACAGGAGAAAAGAAGUUUAAAUGUGAUAUUUGUUCAAAGACAUUUACAAGGAAAUCUGACUUAGUAAGCCACAAUCUUAUCCAUACUGGAGAAAAGCAGUUUGAAUGUGACAUUUGUUCUAAAACAUUUGCAUGGAAAUCUGCCUUAGUAAGUCACAACCUCAUCCAUACCGGAGAAAAACAGUUUAAAUGUGACAUUUGUUCAAAAACAUUUGCUUUGAAAUCUAACUUAAUAAAACACAAUAUCGUCCAUACGAGGGAAAGGAAGUUUAAAUGUGACAUUUGUUCAAAAACAUUUAUAAGGAAAUCUAACUUAGUAAGGCACAAUCUCAUCCACAAUGGAGAAAAGAAGUUUAAAUUUGACAUUUGUUCAAAGACAUUUACAAGGAAAUCUGACUUAGCAGGUCACAAUCUCAUACAUGCUGGAGAAAAAUGAGUAAAGCACAAUCUCAUCCAUACUGGAGAAAAGCAAUUUGAAUGUGACAUUUGUUCCAAAGCAUUUGCAGAGAAAUCUACCUUAGUAAAACACAAACUCAUUCAUACUGAAGAAAAGCAGUUUGAAUGUGACAUUUGUACUAAAACAUUUGCACAGAAAUCUUACUUAGUAAAACACAAUCUCAUCCAUACUGGAGAAAAGAAGUUUAAAUGUAACAUUUGUUCAAUAGGCUUUGCACAGAAAUGUCCCUUGGCAAAUCACAAUAUCAUUCACCAGUCAGAGGCAAGGGUUGUUCUAUGUCCUCUCUCAAAAAUGAAUAAUAAAAACUGUCCUCUUCUUACCAAGAAUUUGUAGAAGAGAUGUUACUGCUACAUCUAUUGGUAAAGGAUUGGACAUUGGACAGAAUUUUUUCUGAAAAAUUAUAUGGUCAUUCAUACCGGAUACAAUAUCCAUGUCCUAAAAUUAGAUCUUACCUCAUGGACUUAAACAGUGUGUUGGAAAAAUAAUGAGCACUUAUAUUUUGAUGCGUUAGGCAAGUCAUGUGUUGACUAAUUGAAAGGUUAAAGGUUCCCUUUCAUAUUGAUCCUGAAAAGAUGGGUAUCGAUAUGGCGAACCUUUUGAACAUUUUACACAUUGUCAAUUUAAUGGUCAUCUUUUGAAUGGUAACAAUAUAAUUG